CAGGUGGGGGGGUGAGACAGGUGAGCCAGUACACGCUGUCUGGUGAGGGUGUGGGGACAGCUUAUCUGCAUAUAUAACAGAUGACACAGACCACACAGGCACACGAAAAGACAGUCGCAGAAAGACGGCAGGUCUUACAAGCCUCUAAAAUGUCGGGAAUUGUAGCAAAACUCCAGCACAGCCGAGAGCGGUCGCUCGGCAUCGGAUCCAACUCUCAAGCGGUGAGGCACCUGAACCAGGACUUUGAGUCGCUGAGGAGCGGCUGUCUGGCGAGGGGCCAGCUGUUCGAGGACGACUGCUUUGAAGCUCUGCCCUCAUCCUUAGGGUUCAAUGAACUGGGACCAAAUUCCGACAAGGUCCUUGGCAUCACCUGGAAGAGGCCCACGGAGUUAUGUUCCAAACCAAAAUUCAUAGCUGAAAAUGCUACCAGGACUGAUAUUUGUCAAGGAGCACUUGGUGACUGCUGGCUCCUGGCAGCUAUCGCCUCCUUGACUCUCAACAAGCAGGUUUUGUCUCGGGUUGUCCCCCAUGACCAAAGCUUUGAGGAGAACUAUGCUGGCAUCUUUCACUUUGAGUUCUGGCAGUUUGGCGAGUGGGUGGAUGUGGUGGUCGAUGACCGUUUGCCCACCAGAGAUGGCAAGCUGCUGUUUGUCCACUCGGAGGAGGGCUCCGAGUUUUGGAGUGCACUGCUGGAGAAGGCCUACGCCAAGCUAAAUGGAUGCUACGAAGCUCUUUCUGGAGGCAGCACCAUUGAGGGUUUCGAGGACUUCACCGGAGGCAUAGCUGAGAGGCAUGACUUGAGCAGGGCAGAUCCCCAUCUCUUCAAAAUCAUUAAGAAGGCCUUGGACAGAGGCUCCCUUGUGGGAUGCUCCAUUAAUAUCAGCAGCACGGCUGACUCCGAAGCUGUCACAUAUUGCAAGCUGGUGAAGGGCCAUGCCUAUUCGGUGACAGGAGCGGAGCAGGUGGAGUACAGGGGAGACAUGGUGCAGCUGAUCAGGAUUAGAAACCCAUGGGGUCAGGUGGAGUGGAAUGGACCCUGGAGUGACAAUUCUUCCAAUUGGAUUUAUGUGAAUGGUGAUGAUCGGCAGAGACUGACCAACCGUUCUGAGGACGGGGAGUUCUGGAUGUCAUUUUCUGACUUCCUGCGCCAAUAUUCUCGCCUUGAGAUUUGCAACCUCACCCCUGAUGCUCUCACGGGCGAUGAGUUCAAGAAAUGGGCAGAGCGCGAGUUCGAAGAGUCAUGGAGAAGGAGCGUGUCAGCCGGUGGCUGCAGAAACUAUCCAAAUUCCUUCUGGAUGAAUCCCCAGUUUGUCAUAAAGCUGGGUGAGGUGGACGAUGACCCUGAUGAUGGUGAGGAGGGCUGCACUUUCAUUGUGGGCUUGAUGCAGAAGAACAAGCGCUGUAUGAGGAAAAUAGGGGAGGAAUUGGAGACCAUCGGCUUUGCCAUCUAUGAGCUGCCUGAGGAGUACUCUGGCAAAAGGCAGGUGCACCUGAAGAAAAACUUUUUCCUGUACAACCGUUCGGCUGCACGCUCCGGGAACUUCACCAACCUGCGCGAAGUGUGCAACCGCUUCUGUCUGCCCCCUGGAGAAUACCUCAUCGUCCCCUCCACCUUUGAGCCCAACAAGAAUGGAGACUUUUAUAUGCGGGUGUUCUCUGAGAAACAGGCUCAUUUCCAAGAGAUUGAUGAUCCUGUGGACUGCCAUGUUGAGCAGAUUGAUAUUGAUGAAGAUGACAUCAGUGACAGAUUCAAGAGAUUGUUCGGAAAGCUUGCUGGACAUGAUGUGGAGAUUUCUGUAUUUGAGCUGCAGAGAAUUCUCAACAGAGUGGUGGUGAAGCGAGAUGACAUCAAAACCAAUGGGUUUAGCCUGGCGACUUGCCACAACAUGGUCAAUCUGCUGGAUAAAGAUGGAAGCGGCAAGCUGGGAUUGGUAGAAUUUAAGAUCCUGUGGACAAAGAUAGAGAAGUUCAUGGAUCUGUACAAAGAGAGAGACACAGACCAAAGUGGCAGUAUGAGCGCCUCUGAGAUGCGGAUGGCUGUUGAGGCUGCAGGUUUCUUUCUCAACAACGCUCUGCAUCAGAUCAUUGUGGCCCGCUACAGUGAACCAAACCUCACCAUUGACUUUGACAACUUUGUGGGCAGCCUGAUCCGCUUAGAGUCUCUCUUCAACACCUUCCAGACCCUGAACAAGGAUGGGUCUGGUGAGAUAGAGCUGAGUUUUAUGCAGUGGCUGACUCUGGCGAUGGUGUAGAGGAGCUCUGACUGUUUACAGUUGAAGAAUCCAGACUUGUGUUGAACAUUCACUAUAUUUGAAGAUUUGCUUAACGUUUUCUAGUGAAUGUCAGUUUGUCUCUUGUGUGCAACUCAAUCAAUGGAUACCCGUUUUGAGAGAAAAUAAUUAUUGAUGCUUUGAUUAUCCACAAAUACAAUGAGGCCACAAUCUCCCCCAAAUAAUAACAUGUUUAUUUAGUACUCAAUAAAAAAGAUAGUUAGGUUUG